UCGCCUGCUUCACCUCCCUCCUUCGUCUUGCUCUCUCCCUCUCUCUCGUCAGCCCAACAGAAAAUCAAACCCACCACCCAUAACAAAAUAGAAAUAGAGGGGAAAUUUUGAAGCAUAGACCAGGGGAAACAAUCACAUGGAUCCAGACGCAGUGGCCAGAGCAUUCGUCGAGCAUUACUACUCCACUUUCGAUGCUAAUCGUGCUGGUCUCGCAAACUUGUACCAAGACGGUUCUAUGUUGACCUUCGAAGGUCAGAAGAUCCAAGGCUCACAAAACAUCGUUGCCAAGCUCACUGGCCUCCCUUUCCAGCAGUGCAAGCACAACAUCACCACCGUUGAUUGUCAGCCCUCUGGUCCAGCCGGCGGGAUGCUUGUCUUCGUCUCCGGCAGUCUCCAGCUCGCCGGCGAACAGCACGCCCUUAAGUUCAGCCAGAUGUUCCAUUUGAUGCCGACACCACAAGGAAGCUUCUUUGUCCUGAAUGACAUAUUCAGGUUGAACUAUGCUUAAGAACACUGAUCACUUGGAUGCAACUGGGAAUCAAAAUACAUUGCUUGAAGGUCAAGGAUUGGAACAAGUUUGCUUAUCUCUGUUCAGUUUUAAACAUUUUAAAUGAGACUCAAUUUCGUUUUGAGACUAUAGUUUCUCCUUCUUUUCCCUUUUUUAUGUCCUCACAAAUUCAGAGACUUGUGGUUGGAGUUGGUGAAAGAUACUUGUUAUGAUUUUGUUAUUGUUGGAGGUUUGAGAGUGGUUCUAGCUUAAAUCUUAGCUUGUGUUUCCCCAAUAUGAUUGGCUGUUCAAGAGACAAUCGUUACCUUGAAGAAAAAUUCAAACAUAUUUGAAAUUUGUUUA